AGAAACUGGAGUCAACCACCAGCGGUGUGUGUGUGUAGCUGUGCGUGCGUGAGUGCGUGCGUGUGGCCGUGUUAACCACACGGUAAUAAAUCGUCCUGAAAAAACUCCUUUCGUUCCUCGAGUGAAAAAAUGCACCCGGUCAGAGUAUCGAUCCCUUCGUUUCGUUCGGAAAACAACUCCAUGGAGAAAGGAUUCACGGUCUUCAGAAUUGACGUGCUGGUGAAUGGCCGACAACACGCCGUCGAGAAACGCUACAGUGAAUUCCACGCGUUGCAUAAAAUGUUAAAGAAGAGCAUAAAGCCGCCCGAGAUGCCUUCUAAACAUGUUAGAAACUGGGUUCCCAAAGUGGUGGAGCAGAGGAGGCAAGGCCUGGAGCUCUACCUGCAGUCUAUAAUUAUGGAAAAUGGAGUUCUUCCAAAGAUAUUCUUGGAUUUCCUCAAUAUCCGCCAUUUUCCUUCAGUGCCGAAAACAGAAAGCUGUGGGUCGUUUGAUACAGAAUCGGAGGAAUCGAGUAAACUUUCACACCAGCCAGUCCUGCUGUUUCUGAGAGACCCCUACCUGCUGCCAACCGCUCACGAUGCAUUUUCAAAUGUUGUGAUUGAAGGUGUGGUACAUGGAGUUUUCUACCCAGAUCUCCAACCAAGGUAGAGCUGCAGCUCCCAAUCUGAGGGCAAGUCACUACAAACGGAUGUUUGCACACUGUGUUGAUGUGUCCAUCACAGAGAUUGUUAAGAUACUCUGAGCCUCAUUUACAUUUUACAACGCAUACAACAAAAAUUCAUUCAUUUUGGUUCUUUUAUUUUGACAAAUGACUGGCACCAGCACCACAACGUGUUCGUAAAAUAAGCAAUAUUGGCCCAUAUUUCAUUCGAUUUGUAUCAAAAAAGGAUUCCAGCAACCUUUUAUAACAGUGAUACUUUAACAGUGGCUGUGAGGCGUAAAAUUCUAAAUAGUUAACUAAAAGCUAAAAUAUUUGUUUCCUGAUUAUAGCUAAUAAUUUAACUUUUCAAUUCUAUUUUUUCUUUCUCAACAAAGUAAUGCUUGAAAUGAACAUAUCACACAAUAUAUAUAUACAACACAAUCAAUGGGAAUUGGAGGGAAAAGGAAGCUCAAAGUAGGGAGACCUCUGAGCGCUGUUAGUGAGUGAAUACAAACAUGGCUGCGCCCCUCCCUUUGUAGCACCAGCACUGUGCGUUUUUUGAAUUUCUCAUGAGCCACAUCGAGUCCGCCUGGGAGGGAGCGUGGAACAAUUUAGAGUGUGUUUGCGCAUUCUGCGUGAGUUGGCAGCUACGUGCCACAAGUAAGGGUGGAAAUACAUUUGAGCUGUGAUGUGGACUUGAUUUGUUGAGCAGAAGUUGUUUGUGCAGGUUUGGCGUAGUGAGCGGCUCAGUUUGGAGGUGGAGUCCUAAAGAUGUGACGGUCCUAAAAAUGUGUCUCGGCUCCCUCUCAGUCAACAAAAGACAACGUUUUUCCACAUAUACAGGAGUACACCGCUAGACCUGCAUUCAGACUUUGGUGUGGGAAAUAAGAGGAGUUCCCCUGUGGUGGAGCGUUAGGGCAAACUAUAGGGGGCUUCUUCAUUUAUUAUUUAUCUCUCAUUCCUUCCUUAACUUCCACUUCAGAAAAUGCUCAACAAAAAAAUGCAACGGGUUAUGAGGAGCUGGUUUGUCGAUGUCUCACACCACAUACAAAAUACAGCCCUGGUGUGUUUUUCCACUCUUGGUGAACAGUCACCCGUCAUGAAAAGGGAUGUAAAGUGUGUUUUGUUUUAUAGGGGAUUUUUAAAAUGAAAGACAGUGAUUUAAAAUACUAAAAACCAGUAAAACACUGUGCAAUAUGACAUUAAAAUGCAGAUUGUCUUUAUAUUGUUCAUCGUGAAGUACAAAUAUUUUCUGAUGCGAACACUUGAAAUGACUCGUUUGUCAAACAAUAUGGUGCACGUGACUAUUUGGGCAAUAAUUGAUGACACUCGUCCCACCAGAGAUAUGUGGCUGGACCCCCAGUCGUGACCACUAAAUAUUUAUACUGAAUCAAAUGGAAUCAAUUAACCUCAACUAAACAGAUCACGUUUUUAUGUUUUAACAUAAGUCCUUUCCAAGGGAUCCAUCGCAUAGAUUAAAAGUAUUUAUAUAUUUUGCAGCAUUGUACUGAUUGUGUUCUGAUCAUGUGAAAAUUGUCAUUUAUGUGCCAUAAUGUCGAUCUACAGUUAACACUGGAAUUCAACUGUAGCACUUUAAUAUGGGCGACAUUUUAAAUACUGACACCAAUAAAACUCCUUAUUGCCAAAA